AUCACUGAAUUGGGUGUAUGUAUUGUGUUGUCAUUAAGGUACUACUUUUCAGUACCUUCAUUAUUGCUAUAAUUAUGAAAUCAACGUUUAUUUUCCGCCACUUUCAAUGUUUAUUUUAACUACCACUGACACGUGGAGAAGAAGCAAGGUUGUCCAAACAUGAUUAUACUACGCUGAUAUUUAGUAGGAUGGAGGAAAACAGCACUGCAACAAGCCAACCCAAGUGUGCAAGUAGAACAAAGCAAGGAGGGAAUGAUCUCAGUACAGACAUGUCCAAUCUUUCUGUAGGGUAAGAAAUAAUGCUCUGCUUGAAAGGACAAGUCUGUACAAUGAAAAGCUUUAGUUUGUAAGGAAGUUAUACCUCAUCUUCUCAAAAGAUUUUAUAUACAUACAAGGAUGGAACCUGUUUUUACACAAAGAGACAAAGAGGACUGACUUUUUACCAUGGGAUGACUACUUCAUGGCUGUGGCCUUUCUUAGUGCCAUGAGGAGCAAGGAUCCUUCUUCCCAGGUGGGGGCAUGUAUUGUCAAUGCUGACAAGAAGAUUGUGGGCAUAGGUUAUAAUGGGAUGCCCAUUGGAUGCAGUGAUGAUGAGCUACCAUGGAACAAGGAAUCUUUGGAUCCAUUGCAAACUAAAUAUAUGUAUGUAUGUCAUGCAGAAAUGAACGCCAUCAUGAAUAAGAACAGUUCUGAUCUGGCUGGCUGCUGUGUCUAUGUUGCAUUGUUCCCUUGCAAUGAAUGUGCAAAGUUGGUCAUACAGGCUGGAAUUAGAGAAGUUGUUUUCUUUUCUGACAAACACCAACAGAAGCCAGAGACUGUGGCCAGCAAGAAAAUGCUGGAUAUGGCAGGGGUGGCAUACAGACAGUACACUCCCUCACAGAGGAAAAUAGAACUGAAUCUUUCAUUAAAAGAACAAGAAAAAAGUGAACCAACAGCAGAUAUCACACAGUCCUCUGAGAGGGACCAAAACAGCAAAAGAAAGGAUUACUUGUCUUGGGAGGAGUACUUUAUGGCCAUGGCACAUCUCUCUGCUCUCCGCAGUAAGGAUCCCAUCACUCAGGUUGGGGCUUGCAUAGUGAAUUCUAAGAAGAAAAUAGUUGGCAUAGGUUACAAUGGCAUGCCUUUGGGCUGUAGUGAUGACCUCAUGCCUUGGGGCAACUCCAGCAGCAAUAAACUGGAGACCAAAUACAUGUAUGUGUGUCAUGCUGGAGUUAAUGCUAUCAUGAACAAGAACUCCUUUGAUGUAUCUGGCUGCACUCUUUAUGUGGCUCUCUUCCCUUGCAAUGAGUGUGCCAAGGUGAUCAUUCAGGCCGGUAUCAAAACCAUCAUUUAUGCAUCAGAUACAAACAAGGACCAGGCCUCCAUUCUUGCUUCAAAGAAAAUGUUGGACAUGGCUGGCAUUAAAUACAGAGCUGACAACUUAAGCCAGAGGAAGAUUGUCAUAGAUUUCAAGACAAUUGACUGGAACUCCCGUUUCAUGAAUGACCACCAAAAUGACCCGACUUGCCUGUGAUAGAAUGAUGCUCCUUCCUGCCUUGUAACUUCUUAUUUUUAUGGGUAUUACUGUCACUACCUUUGCUUCAAGAUAGUUGUAUACGAAGAGUGUCAGGGCAGAUGAACAGAAAUAUUCAAGAUCUAAGUCACGUGCUGACUUUGUUUCAUCGUACUAUAUGUAUGUAAGUGUAUUUUCUUUUAAUUUUGUGUUUAUGUAAAGAUUUUUAUCACAAAUUUAAUCAGAAUCAUUCUAGAAGACAUGACAGUCAUUUAUAUGUAAGAUGUCUAUGCAUUUGCAUUAUUUGUCCAUUCUGCUAAUUAUUUACCACCUAUAUCCAAAGUUUGUGAAACUAUAUAUGUAAGACAAAUACUAUUAGAAUUAUCCUACGUUCAAACAUUCAUAUGACGUGUGUUGUGAGGGAGCAAGUUGGGAUGCAUAUUCCCCAUCUUCCUUCAGAUAUGAAACCUAGAGAAAUUAGAGCCAAUCAGGGGAUAAAUAUAGUGUAUAUGAUUUUUUUCUUGUUUUUAUACAUUGUCAAGUUUUA